AUGGCCGUCCAUUCCAGGGAUGAGGCGUUAAUGUGUAAGGUGUUUCGGUCCAGCUUGGGACCUAUGGCAAUGAGAUGGUUUGAUGCCCUCCCACCAAAUUCCAUUGACUCCUUCAAACAGCCGACACAGGCUUUUGGAUCCCGCUUCAUAACCAGCAGUAGAGUUCCUUGGCCCCUAGAUUCCUUCCUGUCCUUGUCCAUGCGAGAAGGAGAGACGUUGAAAGCCUACUCAGACAGGAUUGACAAGUACAAAAGGGUCGAGGAGGACCAGCAGAUGGGGAAAGGUAAAGCGAAGGUUGUCCCUCAGGAGAGGAGGGACUUCAGGUCGGAACGAUUUAACAACAGUAACAAGCCAAGAAGAGACUAUGUAGAGCAGCCCGGAUCUACUGGGGCUCAGGCAGUCCAUGCUGUGUUCCGAGAACCGCUUUACAAGAUCCUAGAGAAGGUGAAGUAUGAACCUUUCUUUCAGUGGCCGAACAAGAUGGCUGGUAAUCCUUUGAAACGCAAUCAGAACCUGUAUUGCGCGUACCAUCAGGAGCCAGGUCAUACCACUGAUGAUUGCAGAAACCUAAAGAACCAUUUAGAUCAGCUUGUCCAAGAAGGGAAGUUGAGACAUCUGUUGCAUCGUCCUGAAGGAUGGCAGGAACCGUCAAACAAUGAAACCAGAUAA